GGGCCCUAACAAGUAUAUCCACAGAAAAUAACUAAUGUGGCACACGCUUGGAAAUGUCAAGAUUUAAACGCCUAAACGUUUUUUAAGUUAUGAUUCUGUUUUAUUUUCGGGGAAUGUUAACGUCCGAUCUUUCUUCCUGAUUUCAAGAUAAUUGGACUUCGGAGUUUGGACUUCAUGUCUACAGUUUUGCGCAUUUUUAAUUGUUUCAUCUUCGUUGAUUCUGUUUCAUUUUCAGGGUAUAUUAAAGUCUUCUCUUCACUCUUGAUUUCAACAAAAAAAUCGGCGGUGUGGGUAAGUGGUUUACCUAUUACCAUAAUAUGUGCUUGUUGUCGUUUAUUGUCGGUUGUUGUCGGUACUUGUCGGUUGUUGUCGGUUCUUGAAGUCACUGGUCACACCGAAGGGGUUCAAGAUGGUGGAUUUUCUGGCUGAAAACAAUCUUUGUGGUCAAACUCUGUUAAAGCUUGUUAGCAGAGGAAAUGCGAUCAUUGCAGAGCUCCUACGUCUUUCAGACUUUAUCCCUCCAGAAUUUCGCCUUGACAACAAAAGAAAUCAGUUGAAAUAUGGGGAGGUCUUAACCGAUUUCUCCUACUUCCGUGGGCCUGAUUUUUACGAAGCAAAAAUCGAUGCAAAGCCAGAACUACAAGACCUUGAUGCAGAAUUUAGAGAAAAUCACAUUGAUAUUUUAACCCGGUUUUUUCUUGCCUUCGAGAGUGUUUAUAAAUAUAUCACUGACUUAAACAGAUUUUUAGAGGAACUUGAUGAAGGUGUAUUCAUCCAACAAACAUUAGAGACAUUGCUUAUUAAUGCUGAUGGAAAACAACUCAUGGCAGAGGCACUGUAUCUUUAUGGUGUAAUGUUAUUGCUUAUUGAUAUGAAAUUUGAUGGUGAAGUACGAGAAAGAAUGCUGGUCUCCUACUAUAGAUACUGUGCUUCAAGGGCAGAUAUUGAGUCAAACAUAGAUGAUGUAUGCAAGCUGCUUCGUAGUACAGGAUUUGCACCUGGAAGAAGACCACCUAAGUAUCCUGAAGAUUACUUUAGUCGUGUUCCAAUAUCUAAAACAUUUAUCAAAAUGCUGGUUGGACGUCUUCGCUCAGAUGAUAUAUAUAAUCAGGUUUCAUCUUAUCCGCUUCCGGAGCACAGGAGCACAGCCUUAGCAACGCAAGCAGCAAUGUUGUAUGUUAUACUGUAUUUUAUUCCUGAUAUUCUUAACUCCCAGCAAGCUACAAUGAGAGAGAUUGUUGACAAACAUUUUCCUGAUAAUUGGGUGAUAAAUAUCUACAUGGGGAUAAUUGUGAAUCUUGUGGAACAAUGGGAACCUUAUAGGGCUGCCAAGACUGCCCUGAAUAACACUGUUGAAUUAGCAAAUGUGAAAGAUCUUGCUGUUCGACAUAUUGGUAAUGUCCAGAAAUUAAAUCUACAGGUUUUGAAGUUUCUCAAGGAAGGCUUUCUUACUGAGGAGUAUGUUCUGGACAAUAUUCCAAAACUAAUGAACUGUAUUCGUGAUUGUAACGUCACGUUACGUUGGGUUUUAUUGCAUACCACUGAUGGAGUUUCAGAGAACCAGAAGCGUUGUCGUGCCAUACGUGAAAUUGUUUUGACAAGCGGUUACAAUGCCAACUAUUGGUUUGAUAUGCUGUUGAAUACGGCACAGUUUGAAUACGUUGUCAAAGAACUUUUUAAAAAAAUGCUCUCACAGAAGCAACAGAAAUGGGAAUUGAGCAAGAAGGAAAGUGUUGACAGAAUCGAUGAACUGGCUGAUGUUUUCUCUGGAGUGAAGCCUCUUACCAGAGUUCAGAAGAACGAAAACCUGCAAGCGUGGUUUAGAGAGAUGUCAACUCAAAUCCAGUCCCUGGAUUACGAAGAUUCGACGGCAGCCGGUAGAAAGAUUGUACAAUUGAUGCAAGCUCUCGAAGAGGUUCAGGAAUUUCAUCAGCUUGAGAGCAAUCUGCAAGUUUGUCAAUUUCUAGCAGACACAAGGAUGUUUCUUCAUCAAAUGAUUAGGACGAUCAAUAUUAAAGAGGAGGUGUUAAUUGUCAUUCAGCUGGUCGCUGAUCUCUCGUAUGCCUGGAUUAUCAUUGACAGUUAUACAGGGAACAUGCAAUCGGGAAUUAAGAAAAGUCCUUCUCUUGUGCGAAAAUUACGAGCCACGUUUCUUAAGAUGGCAUCAGCACUUGAUCUACCCCUCGUUCGGAUCGGUCAAGCGAAUAGUCCUGAUUUAGUCAGCGUGUCUCAAUACUAUUCUGGUGAACUUGUGAGCUAUGUUAGGAAGGUUCUACAAAUCAUCCCCGAAUCAAUGUUUGGUCUUCUUGCACAGAUCAUUCAAAUUUUGAGUAACAAAAUGAAAGAGGUUCCGACGCGAUUGGAAAAGGAAAAACUUCGUGAAUAUGCUCAACUUGAUGAACGCUACAUGGUUGCUCGACUCACGCAUAGCAUCUCCGUGUUCACUGAAGGUAUCCUCAUGAUGAAAACAACACUGGUGGGGAUAAUUAAGGUGGAUCCAAAGCAACUUUUGGAAGAUGGUAUUCGAAAGGAGCUCGUUCGUCAAGUGGCUGGAGCUUUGCAUCAGGGGUUGAUUUUCAAUCCUAAAAUCAAAACGGAACUUCGCCCAAGGCUGAAAGAACUUGGUAAUCGAAUGGACGCGUUUAAGAGAUCUUUUGAGUACAUUCAGGAUUAUGUGAAUAUUUAUGGCCUGAAGAUUUGGCAGGAGGAAGUUUCAAGGAUUAUUAAUUAUAAUGUUGAACAAGAAUGCAAUAGCUUCUUACGAACCAAGGUCUAUGACUGGCAGUCGAUCUACCAAUCAACGACCAUCCCAAUCCCUAUUUUCCCGCCCGUUGACGAAUCCGUAAAUUUCAUUGGACGAUUAGCCAGAGAAAUUUUAAGAAUCACCGAUCCAAAGUCGACGUGUUAUAUCGAGGAAAGUGGAGCCUGGUACGACCUCAAAACUAAAGAAGAAGUUGUAAACUUAAUAUUAUUUCGCGAACUACAGUACAGCGUUGAUUCGUUUGGUUUGACUGGAUUAGACAAACUCCUUUCAUUUAUGAUUGUCAAAGAACUACAGAUGUUUGUACGCAUCGUCCAAGUUUCGCUGAAGAAAGAUACAGCAGUUCGUGGGUUUCUUGAAAACCUAGCUGCGAACUUGACGCCAGUGAAGAAAGUUGUUGCAAAUCCCCUGAAAGUCUAUCCACAAGCUUGUCAAAAGUGUGCCAAGCUAUGGCCGCAGUUUCUUGAGACUAUUAUGAAGAUUGGCCAGAUGCAGUUAUUACGAAGACAAAUUGCAAACGAGUUAAACUUCUCCUGUAAAUUUGACUCGAAACAUUUUGAAAGUAGUUUAAACACUAUGAACCAAUCUUUAAUCAAAGAUAUUGAAGCACAUUAUCAAGAUCCUAAUAAACCAUACCCAAGCGAAGACAGUCCAUUGAUGUCUGAACUGUCGACAUAUCUCGAGUCUGCUGGUGUUCACGAUCCGCUAAAGAAGAUCUAUAUUACAACCCAAAGAACUGGAUUUCUUCCUUUGUUAUCUACGCUAUGUGUCGUUUCUCAAUUACCCAAGUUGGUUUAUGUCAAACACUUAGCUGGUAUGGUCCCACGGAAGCCAGGCGAAGGUGUAGAUUGUGUUCCUUUUAUUGUUGGUAUAAUCACAGCUUUGAAACAAUACCAUGUCGAAACCACUCAUCAAUUCUUAGCCUGUCUUGGACAGUAUAUUAAAUCAUCCGUAGACUCGACUGCAAGUGGGAAAACUGUCGACCUUCCAGAUGAUGUUGUGAAUGCUCUGGCGUUUUUCGAAGAUUUCUUGCACUACAGUAAACUAUCGAGAAAGGUGGCUGAAGAACAUGUUCCAAUGUAUUUACUGGAUCAGUUUAGACAGCAAAUGCCAUAAGAUGGUGCAGAUUUUUCGUUAAUAUAUCGUAAUUAUAAAAUAAUCAUAAUUCAAAAUGUAAAAUGGAUCGAUUUCAGAAUACUAGCAAAAUAUAAAUAUUUCGAUAAAUUUUCAAUAUGCAAAACCACAAUCGUCGAUUCUAACGAAAGCAAUACGUGAAAAGUAAUCAUUUUGUCAACACUGUUAAUAAUUGUUUGUUUAGAUUAAUUAUAGAUAAACAAGUGUAGACUAUGCAAUCCACUAAUCUUUUGUCGUUUUAUAAUUAUUCGGCAAGUUGAAAUUUAUUAAUAUGAACGCUAGACGCUGUUGUCUUCCUGGCGAAAUUUUCUCCCCCAAUUCUCCGCUUUCUUUCCGAGACCCCUUCGGAAGGGCUGAAUGGAGACGAGGGAGAGAAAUUCGCCUGAUUGAUACAAAACUAGUCAGGAAUAUCAUGGGGGAGUUAUAGAGUUUUACAAUAUAUCAAUCUCUGUAUAUAUAUAAAUUUUAUAAACAGUCUGACAAAUUUGCAUUCACGUGUAUUUUCAGAAAAUUGAACGAUGAAAUUGCUAUUUA